AUGCGCAGUCUGGAAAAGCACACGCGCUCCAACCACGCGCCGCGCGAGAGCCUCACCUGCGCCGGGUGCGACAACUUCUUCCCGUACCGCGAACAGUUCCACGACCACGUCAAUGAAGCCUCCGUCCGCGAGGAGUGUCGCGAGCGCGCAAUUUUCUGCGCGAAAGGCGUCAAACAGUGUAAACUCGCGUUUUCUUCGGAGCACGCGUACCGCAUCCAUGUCACGUGCUGUCACAGCGAGACGAACCCGUUCGCCUGCGCGGUGCCCGGCUGCGGGAAAUCGUUCGGACACCGGUCCGCGCUCAAUUCGCAUAAAUGGACACAUUCUGCGCCACAAGAUGAUCUUGUCUGCGAGCGUUGCGGAAAAACGUUCAAACUCCAAUCCGGUCUCCGAGAUCACAUCAAGAGCGUGCACUUGUCCCGCGAAGAGGGCGCGGCGCGAUUCACCUGCGACAUUUGCGGCAAAGGGUUGAUCGACAAGAGCAAGUUGGCGCGCCACCGGAAGAUCCACAUCGACCCCGCCGACGCCCCGCAUCUCUGCACCCUUUGCGGGAAAAGGUUCCGCCUCAACGAGUAUUUGAACAUCCACAUGCGCUCCCAUGACCCCGACCGGCAAGAAAAAUACCCGCAGUACAUGCGCAAAAAGAAGAGCAAAGACGCCGGCGUGAGGAUGGGCGUGGCCGGGGCCAAGAUCGGCAGACCCGUCGUAGUCAAAAAAGUGGGAACGACGACAGGGGAUCAAAAUUUGGGAAAACUUGAUUAA